UUAAUCGUGCAACCUUAACACUGCUCUUGUAUCCACAGGCGACCAGCAACAAUUUCUUAGGUGACUCUUCAAGCGCCAUUGUUGGUGUGUGAUGAAUGUAGACUUCCAGCUGCAACCGAGAGGCCACCUUGACCCUUCUGUCUGGCUUUUCCCUGGGAAAAAAAACCCUGAUUAUAUUUCACAUCAGCAUGCAUGUAGUUUCAAAUCUUCGCUCAUUAAUCAUUUUUAGCUAAAAAUUUCCUCUUCAGUUGGCAGGAACCCGAGCCUAGAGACAUGAGGUAAGCUUGCUUUAGGAUUGUGCUAUGCUGUGCAAGGCUAAAUAUAGAAACCUUUGUCUGUCCUGUGCUACGAGUCUGUUUCCCUGCAACACCCACUAUGCAGUUAUAAUUUAAAUUGGCAUGUGGAGCACAAACCUUCCAUUCAGGCAGAUCUCAAUUACAUGUAAUGUGCUUCCUCGCUGAAGUGUGCUAUUUUCUGAUCCACGUCAAUCAGGAGCAGUUUUCCUUCCCUCUCAUUUUGGUGUAUUAAGAUUUUUAUUCAUGCUCUGUUUUUGAAGCCUGGACUGAAUAGGAUACAUUAAGCUGUGACCUUUAGAGAAUGCCACUGCCAUCAUUUGGCCUAAUGUGAGAACUGCAUCUGCAAAAAAACAAAGGAGAACUAUUCUCCAUGACUCCCAAACAUUUUUGCUUUUAUUUUGUCACUUUUCUAGCUCUUUAUACUUCCUCUCCGUGCAAAGGAAAUGAAUAUGAACUAGCGGAGUCUCCAUUGCUGCACUCGGGGUCUGCAUGCAUCUCCUUUGUUUUUCUGUCAGCACUUUUUUUUGUUGCACUUUUGUGCAUGCGCAGUUUACCCUGUCCUGCUGAAGAUCAGGCCUCUGAUUGGGCGACCAUAGGUGAAGCACGAAUGACAAACUGCUCUUGGGUUUCCCUUUAACCAGAGUGAGAGACUCGGACCAGUGCACAUUAACUCCAGCCUGAGAAUGAGGACCUUCCUGACAACCCAGAACCAAAACAGCUACCGGGAGCUGAUUAUGAAGGAGGCGUACACACGGCUCAACUGGAAGAUGAAAUAUGGCAAGGACUAUCCGAUCAGAUUCGCCUCACGCAAAUCCAAGCCCGUGAAUCCGACGACUGCCCCUAAAGUCACGCUGCCCCCUGUAGUAAAAGCUCCAGAGAAGAAGAAGGAAGCCCCAGUGCUUCAGCGUGCUCUCAGUGAAGCUCCUCUGAUGCGACCAGUCAGUCCUCAAUCCAAAGAGACUCUUUAUAAUGGUUUAUCCAUAGAGGGCAAAGGACGCAGCCAAUACCUGAAGAUGCGCAUACAGAAGAUGCCUGAAGAAAGGUUUGACUACCCGCUAUUGUCCUCAUGGGAAUAUGGAUGGAGAUUAGGUGAUUAUGGGCAUGAAUACAAAUCACCAGUUAAUGGAAGAUCAGCAGUUGUCAGGAGCACUUUCUAUGCCAGGAACGGUAUCUUUAAUAGUCCCUCUGCAACAGAUCACCUUGGGUGACCAACUUUCCAAAAAGACUGGAUCACUCUAUGAAGAUAAUUGCCACAGAAAUGAAUUUUCCACAUAAUGUCUACUAAAUACCAAGAAUUUGUACUUAAUUAUGCUGCAAAAUGUUAGAAAAUUAGCUGGAUUACAUUACAAAGUCUAAGUGUGGCUAAGAACUAUUGAUCCUGAUGUAUUAUAACAAAACACUUUUUUUUUCUUCAAGUUCUCUGUAAAGGAAUCAUUCACAUGCCAUCAAGUGGGGAUUAAAUUAAUUGGAGGUGAAAGCAAGAACUUUGAAAA